AUGGGAAGCCGCAACAACACUACCCAGGAGACGGUGAACGCCGCCGCCACCGCCAUCGUCACCGCCGAAUCCAGAGUGCAACCGACCACCGCGCCGAAAAAACGAUGGGGAGGUUGCUGGAGCCAAUAUUGGUGUUUUGGAUCUUGUAAAAGCAGUAAAAGCAGCAAGCGAAUUGGCCAUGCUGUUCUUGUUCCAGAACCUGUUGCACCAACAGGUCCAGCUGCUGCCGCUGCUGCACCACCAAAUCCUUCAACUGCCAUUGUAAUGCCGUUCAUCGCCCCUCCAUCUUCUCCUGCAUCUUUAAUCCAAUCUGAUCCUCCAUCUGCUAUUCAAUCACCGCCUGGAUUACUUUCACUCUCUUCUCUUGCAGCCAGUGCUUACUCUGCUGGUGGUCCUGCAUCCAUGUUCACCAUUGGUCCGUAUGCCUAUGAGACCCAAUUAGUUUCUCCACCCGUAUUUUCCAACUUCACAACUGAACCAUCCACUGCUCCUUUUACUCCGCCACCCGAAUCUGUGCAUCAAACAACACCUUCAUCUCCUGACGUUCCAUUUGCUCAAUUGUUGGCUUCUUCACUGGACCGGGCUCGGAAAUGUAAUGGGAAUCAGAAGUUUGCAUUAUACAAUUAUGAUUUUUUACCUUACCAACAAUAUCCUGGAAGCCCAGGUGGCCAACUCAUAUCACCUGGAUCGGCAAUAUCAACUUCUGGCACUUCUACCCCAUUUCCUCUUGAAUUCCGCAAAGGGGAAACACCAAAGAUCUUGGGGUUUGAAUACUUUUCUACCCGAAGAUGGAGUUCAAGACUAGGAUCUGGGUCAUUGACACCAGAUGGUGCAGGGCAAGGUUCAAGACUUGGCUCAGGAUCCGUGACUCCUGAUGGUGUUGGGAUUGCUUCGAGAUUAGGUUCUGGGUGUGUGACACCUGAUGGUCUGGGGCAGGAAUCCAGGUUAGGUUCUGGCUGUUUGACACCUGAUGCUGCUGGGCCUACCAAUCAAAAUAACAUCUCUGUGCAAAACCAAAUUUCUAAGGAUGCAACUCUUGCUAACUCUGACAAUGGACAUCCAAGUAAUGCAACAUUAGUUGAUCACAGAGUUUCAUUUGAAUUAACUGGGGAAGAUGUUGCUCGAUGUCUUGCAAAUAAAACUGGGGUAUUGCUUCGAAAUAUGUCAGGUUCCUCACAAGGUAUACUGGCCAAAGACCCUGUUGACAGAGAAAGGGUGCAAAGAGAGGCAGAUGCUAACUGUAAUGUGUGUACAGAGAAAACAGAUGACAAGCCUGAAAAUCCUAUAGGAGAAGGCGGGCAAUGCUUCCAUAAGCAGAAUUCUGUAAAUUCUUCCAAAGAAUUCAAUUUUGACAACAGUACAGGAGUUGUUUCUGAUACUGGUGACAGUGGUUCUGAGUGGUGGACUAACAGGAGAGUUGCUGGGAGGGAAGGUAGAUCAGCCAACAGUUGGGCUUUCUUCCCAAUGUUACAGACAGAAAUGAACUGA